AGCCCUUCAAGCUUGGUGUCCAAGGAUUGGGGUUGUUCCUGAGAACCCUGACCCUGUGAGCUGGGAGGGAUGGAGGGUAGCAUCCACCUGAGUGGUUUGAUUAGUCGGCAUGACGAUGAAGCCACGAGAACAUCAACCUCGGAGGGACUGGAGGAGGGGGAGGUGGAGGGGGAGACCCUGUUGAUUGUAGAGUCGGAGGACCAGGCGUCCGUGGACUUGUCUCACGACCAUAGCGGGGACUCCCUCAACAGUGACGAAGGGGAUGUGUCGUGGAUGGAGGAGCAGCUGUCCUACUUCUGCGACAAGUGCCAGAAGUGGAUCCCGGCCAGUCAGCUGAGGGAACAGCUCAGUUACCUUAAGGGCGAUAAUUUUUUUAGGUUUACCUGUUCUGAUUGCUCAGAAGAUGGCAAGGAGCAGUAUGAGAGGCUGAAGCUGACAUGGCAGCAAGUGGUCGUGCUGGCGAUGUACAACUUGUCCCUGGAAGGCAGCGGGAGGCAGGGCUAUUUCCGGUGGAAGGAAGACAUCUGCGCCUUUAUUGAGAAACACUGGACUUUUCUACUAGGAAAUAGGAAGAAGACUUCCACCUGGUGGAGCACGGUCGCCGGCUGCCUCAGCGUGGGGAGCCCCAUGUACUUCCGCUCGGGAGCUCAGGAGUUCGGAGAACCAGGAUGGUGGAAGCUCGUCCACAACAGGCCCCCAACCCUGAAACCCGAGGGAGAUAAGCUGUCUGCCUCCGCUCUGAAAGUGAAAGCAGCCUCCAAACCAACUUUAGAUCCCAUCAUCACUGUUGAGGGACUUAGAAAGCGAGCGAGUCGGAAUCCUGUGGAAUCUGCCAUGGAACUGAAAGAGAAAAGGUCUCGGACUCAGGAAGCCAAGGAUAUCAGGAGAGCCCAGAAGGAGGCGGCUGGCUUUGCUGACCGGAGCAGCUCUUCCACGCCUGUCAAGUUCAUCAGCCGAGGCCGCAGGCCCGACGUGAUUCUCGAGAAAGGAGAAGUCAUCGACUUUUCGUCCCUGAGCUCCUCGGACCGCACUCCACUCACAAGCCCAUCGCCCUCGCCAUCCCUGGACUUCUCCGCCCCAGGGACUCCGGCCUCUCACUCAGCCACACCCAGCCUGCUUUCGGAAGCCGACCUCAUUCCAGAUGUGAUGCCGCCACAGGCCUUGUUUCAUGAUGACGAUGAGAUGGAAGGAGACGGUGUCAUAGACCCUGGGAUGGAAUACGUCCCGCCCCCUGCCGGCGUAGCCACCUCAGGGACAGGGCUUGGGGGCAGAAAGAAGGUCAGGGCCCCUGAGCAGAUCAAGCAGGAGGUGGAGAGUGAGGAGGAAAAGCCUGACAGGAUGGACAUUGACAGUGAGGACACAGACUCCAACACGUCCUUGCAGACGAGGGCUCGAGAGAAGAGGAAACCUGUGCUGGAGAAGGACCGGAAGCCCAAGGGGCCCAAGUUCACCCCUGUGAGCAUCUAUGAGGAGAAGCUGCUCCUCAGGCGGCUGGAGGCCUGUCCUGGGGCCGUAGCCAUGACCCCUGAGGCCCGGCUGAAACGGAAGCUGAUCGUCCGGCAGGCAAAGAGGGACCGGGGGCUGCCGCUCUUUGACCUGGACCAGGUCGUGAACGCUGCGCUCCUGUUAGUGGACGGAAUUUAUGGAGCCAAAGAUGGAGGAGUUUCCAGGCUUCCGGCUGGACAGGCCACGUACAGGACGACCUGUCAGGACUUCAGAAUCCUUGACCGGUACCAGACUGCCUUGCCAUCCAGGAAAGGAUUCCGGCACCAGAGCACAAAGUUUCUGUACCGUUUGGUGGGAUCAGAAGAUAUGGCUGUGGACCAGAGCAUCGUCAGCCCAUACACGUCUCGGAUCCUGAAACCCUACAUCAGGCGUGAUUAUGAAACAAAGCCACCCAAACUGCAGCUGCUCUCCCAGAUCCGCUCCCACCUGCACAGGGGAGACCCGCACUGGACGCCGGAGCCAGACGCCCCUCUUGAUUACUGCUAUGUCCGGCCAAAUCACAUCCCAACCAUAAACUCCAUGUGUCAGGAGUUCUUCUGGCCUGGCGUCGACCUGUCCGAGUGCCUGCAGUACCCUGACUUCAGCGUCGUCGUCCUCUAUAAGAAAGUCAUCAUCGCCUUCGGCUUCAUGGUCCCUGACGUGAAGUACAACGAAGCUUAUAUCUCGUUUCUGUUUGUCCAUCCUGACUGGAGGAGAGCGGGGAUCGCGACUUUCAUGAUUUAUCAUCUGAUUCAGACCUGCAUGGGCAAGGACGUGACCCUGCACGUCUCCGCCAGCAACCCUGCCAUGCUGCUCUACCAGAAGUUCGGGUUCAAGACGGAAGAGUACGUCUUAGACUUUUAUGACAAGUAUUACCCCCUGGAGAGCACGGAGUGUAAGCACGCGUUCUUUCUGCGUCUGCGACGCUGACGUGAGCGCGGCUCCUCACGGGACACACGCGCUUGGAGGAGAAGGCUGACGUGAGCGCGGCUCCUCACGGCGCGCGCGCUUGGAGGAGAGGGCUGACGUGAGCGCGGCUCCUCACGGGACACAUGCGCUUGGAGGAGAGGGCUGACGUGAGCGCGGCUCCUCCCAGGGCACACGCUUGGAGGAGAGGGCUGACGUGAGCGCGGCUCCUCACGGGACACACGCUUGGAGGAGAGGGCUGACGUGAGCGUGGCUCCUCACGGCCCACGCGCUUGGAGGAGGGCUGACGUGAGCGCGGCUCCUCACGGUGCACGCGCUUGGAGGAGAGGGCUGACGUGAGGGCGGCUCCUCACGGGGUGCACGCUUGGAGGAGAGGGCUGACGAGCGCGGCUCCUCACAGGACACACGUGCUUGGAGGAGAGGGCUGACGUGAGCGUGGCUCCUCACGGCCCACGCGCUUGGAGGAGGGCUGACGUGAGCGCGGCUCCUCACGGCGCACGCACUUGGAGGAGAGGGCUGACGUGAGGGCGGCUCCUCACGGGGUGCACGCUUGGAGAGGGCUGACGUGAGCGCGGCUCCUCACGGCGCACGCGCUUGGAGGAGAGGGCUGACGUGAGCGCGGCUCCUCACGGCGCACGCGCUUGGAGGAGAGGGCUGACAUGAGCGCAGCUCCUCAUGGGACACACGCGCUUUUAGGAGAGGGCUGACGUGAGGGCGGCUCCUCACGGGGCGCACGCUUGGAGGAGAGGGCUGAUGUGAGCGCGGGUCAGCCAAGACUGCCAGGUGUGCCGACCUUCAGCCAAGAGCGCGUUGAGCCAGAAAGGCCUGAGCUGAUGUUCCUGAGGAGAGAAGUUCUGUCCCAUUUAAAGUGAGCAGGGUGAUUGUAGUCCAAGAUCCUUGCAAUGUGUCCACUAGGCCCUGCGCCGUCCUGGUGACGACCACAUGCUAACUCAGCCUGUCCCAACCCGGCUGUGCUGUCCCCAGAGCGGGGCAUGCGCUGACUUUGGUUACAGUAUCUUGUGUGAGACGUCACCUGACCUUUCUCCUGUGAGCAUGUCCGGCUGGGGCCCUGGCCUGGGAGGCGAGAGUUGUUCUCCUGUCCUGUCAAGUAAGGUCAGUUUGGGGCUGGAGGAGCUGGGCAGCCUGCUGUUUGAUUGUGCCCCUGACGGAGGUGUGCGGUGGUGGAGGGGUCAGCCGUGGACAGACACACCUUGCGUCUGCUGGCCGAGGCUGUUGGCUGGCUUGUGGAGAGUGGAAGUGGACCAUCAGUCAGGUGCUUUUGGAUUUAGUAGAAAUGCUUCCCACAGUAUCAAAUGUUCUCAAAUAAAAUAUCUUUUUGUGACAA